AUGGGCCCUGAGCCAUCGCCGUCCACAACGCUCAAAGGCCCCCGUCGUUCGCUCGUGUCGGAGCACUCGCCAACUUCAACCCGACAUCUCCAGCCCAGCCGGACACUGCGCCGUCUAUCCGGAUUGCUCGCCGCUUUUCCCCCGCAAAGACCGCCACGACGACCGACCGGACCACCCACCCCUGUCGCGCCACAGGAGCGGCACAAGUCGUCACCGCCAAGACGGCCCCCAGCGUCCGCUGCCUCCUCCUUCAGACACCCGUUCCGGACAGACGACACAGACAGCCCCGCGGCAGACGACGGUAUCACGAUGAAGCGCGAGCACUACCAAGACGCCCGCAUCUACGAUUAA